AUGGGCGUCGCUUUGACUUGUUCCUUUGUUUUUGCAGAAAUCAAAACAGAAGUCAUCGUCGAGGCCAAAGUUGACAGCGACAGAGAAAUGAAGAUCGAACAGGAGUCGCGCGCCACGCGCACCACCAGCAUAGACAGUGACAACAGGAGUGACAGGAGCGAAGAAGAUGACUGCAGGAGGGCCAGGAAGAGGACGGCUUCAACAUCACCGUCACCCAUACCCUUGGACAAAAGAACAGCCCGCUUCGAGUGUCGCAAAUGCCUCCAGCGUUUCGACUCCAUCAACGCGUUCGAUCUGCACCGGUUCACAGCUCACGGUGACGACAACAGAUCAGGAUUCGACGACUACAUAGAUUACUCCAGCAAAAAGUUCCAAGACAUGAUACACCCUCACAUUACAGAGGGGCUGCGUUGUGAUCACUGCUCCCGCGAGUUUCCCACUGGACAGAUCCUGGAUAUUCACAGGAAGACAUGCGGCGGCUCCACCAGAAUAACCAGCCCUGACCGGGAUCGCAGGGAGUUCUUCGCUAAGCUGGACUUAAGGAACAGGUCCUUCGGUAUACCGGGGACCUUGACCCCACCUAUGGAUCGCUUCACACCAAAGUUUGACGAAACACACCUCGCUAAUGGAAUCAGACCUAUCGAUGCCGCUAGAGACUUGGCCGAUAUUCAAUCAAUACUGAACGUAACAUCUGCUGGCAGUCUCCUGGAAAGACUUACGGGGAGUCGUGUGGCGUUAGAGAGUUCAGUACUCACACCUCCCGACACGGUAGUUAAAGAACGAGAACAAGAGGAGACCCAGGAUAACUUUGCCGCUGAGUUCAGGAGAAUGAAGCUCCGUGGAGAAUUCCCUUGUCGACUGUGUCCCGCAAAGUUCCCAAACCUCAGAGCUUUAAAGGGACACAAUCGGGUUCAUCUGAGUGGAACCGGCCCCGGGCCUUAUCAGUGUAACAUGUGCCCGCAUGCGUCCUUGGAUAAAGCAGCUCUAGUAAGACACAUGCGUACUCAUAACGGAGACAGACCAUACGAGUGUGCUGUGUGCAACUAUGCGUUCACAACUAAAGCUAACUGCGAACGCCAUCUAAGAAACCGUCAUGCGAAGAUUACGAGAGAAGACGUGAAGCGAUCUAUCAUUUAUCAUCCAUCCGAAGACCCUAACAAUGAUGAGGUGAAUUCUAAGCUCGCUCGUGAGGAAGUCAAGAGGUCCUUGGCCUUCCACACGCCGGAUGUUGACAGACGCAAUGAAUCAUCUGGACGGAACACACCCCUGACUCAUUUCAAUCCCAGUUUCAUCACCGAUCGACACCCUGUCACUUCUCUGACUAAAUCCUUACCUGAAACACCUACGUUAACACCGAGAGAAUCUGAGCAGCCCAUGCCAAGGAUAAAGGUCAAAGGAAUCGGCCAGUUGACCCAAAUUCCUGAAUUUAGGACACCAGAGUUAACAUUUAAACCAAACGACAUACAGGCCGAGGCGUACAGUGAAGAAUCACCAGUAGACCUCAGCACGAGUGACAACAACAACUGCGAUGUUUUAGAUCUCAGCAAGAAGAAACGCGAUGUAGAUGAGGACGAUACAAAGACAACACCUCGCUCUGCUUUUGAUAAUUCAUCUGCAUCCGCUGCUGCCACCGCCGCUGCAUCAGCUUUCGAAAAGACGAGACUCCUUCUAGCUCAGCAAAGACUAUUCGAAACCUCUCUACCGAAAAUCGAUCCAGCUUAUUACGCUACUCAACUUUCUCAGCUCUAUGCCAGCGCAGUCCCAGGCUUGCCUGGUCUGCCGAUACCAUCCUCAUUCCCCAUAAACCCAUACUUUCUCCAAACUUCUUUUUUUCCCCAUCCAACAGAUUCGCAAGAAAUAACUGAAAUCAAGCAGCGUAUUCACAAAGAAAUAUUCAGAGGUCUAAGUAUGUCCGGCGGGAGAUUAGUGGACGAUACUGAAACUCAGCUCAAACAGGAGCCGGAAGAAGAGGAAGUUAAACCUAUCCCAGUAGCCUCGACCCCGACUCCUCCUCCCCACGCUGAAUCUCCCCGUCCAUUAAGUAACCCACUAGUAACACAGAACGACUCCGUCAAGAUGGUAAUAAAAAACGGCGUACUUAUGCCGAAACAAAAGCAAAGACGAUACCGGACUGAAAGACCGUUCUCCUGCUCUCAAUGUUCCGCGCGCUUCACACUACGCUCUAAUAUGGAACGGCACGUCAAACAACAGCAUCCUCAACACUGGAGCGUCAGGCGUCCUUCACCGAGAGCGCCCCCGCCCUAUCCUAAUACAGACACUCUAGCCGAUCGUGUGAAAUAUGCCUUACUGGCUCGUCACUUGGAGAGACCCUUGCAGGCAGACCGCUCUCCUGUACGAAGAGACUCAGAUGAAGUUGCGGACAACGAAGAAGAUGAAGACGACACUUUGGUCAUUGACGAAGAACCGGAAGACCGGAAGCCCGAGGAACACACGGCCGCUAGACGAGCCGCAGCUGAAAUCCUCAUGGCCUCGUGCCAGCAAGAAAUGCAUAAGGAUUUUGAUCUCAAAAUAGCCGGAAAUCUUAUUAACAAACCGGUCCCCAUCACUAGUGACAAGGUAGAAGCUAGCGCGGAUCUUGUAGCAACUCAAGACGCCGUACCAGUUGUCCCAACUCGCAGUGACGAAGAAGAAGACGAGGAGGGUCUAGUGGCGUCCACCAGUGAGGGAAACAAUUCGGGAAGCGAUGAAAAUAAAUCUGAAUCCGACACUGGUACGCAGCCACCAAAGAAGAAAUCCGCAUACAGUCUAGCUCCCAACCGCGUCUCCUGUCCGUACUGCCACCGCAAGUUCCCGUGGUCAUCAUCACUCAGACGCCAUGUUCUCACACACACGGGACAGAAACCUUUCAAAUGUCCUCACUGCCCUCUUCUAUUCACAACGAAAUCCAACUGCGACCGUCACUUACUGAGAAAGCACGGAGGUUCAGCGAAAGCGAUCCUCGCCGAACCAAUUCCAGACACCAUAACACCUCAGAACAACGAAAGCAGAUCUGUACCUGAGAGGCCGUUUAAAUGUGCAUCAUGUCCGACUAGCACGUUUUCUUCUAUGGAGACAUUGAAGAAACAUAUGUCUUCUCGCCACGGAACGGCUGAGUCACAGCCGGAUUCACCAAACCCUGAAGUAGAAGAUUCUGAUGGUAGUCUAGUAUUCAAGUGCCACCUAUGUGAAGCGUCAUUCGGGGACCGUUCCGGAGCCCUAACACACUUGGCGUCAGUCCACGCGGCGGAGUACGAACAGCUCGUAAGCAAGGGGGCCCUGGACGCUGUUAGUGAUCGAAGUGAAAGCGCUGAUGAUGAUGAGAAGGGGAAAUUCCCAGAUCACGCCAACAGGAAGGUCGUAUGUGCAUUCUGUGUCCGUCGCUUCUGGUCAGCGGAGGACCUCCGUCGUCACAUGCGGACUCACUCCGGAGAGAGGCCCUUCGCCUGUGACCUGUGCAGGCGACGAUUCACACUCAAACACAGCAUGCUGAGACACAGAAAGAAGCACAGGGAGGACAGUGAUGAUGAAGACUCGCCCAGAGAUAAUGGAUACCGCUACCACGACGAAGAAGGUUCUGGAAACGAGAUCCCCAGCAACGUGAACAACAAUAACUCCCCGCCGGCCGCCGACAAGAAACUCAAGAUAGAAAUGACGUCGCGCAAAUAUUCAUCGGAGAACGAGAACGACACGGAAAAUGGCGGAGAUCUGAUUGGGAAGUUACUCGGGAUACCUGACAAGACCAUCAUCAACAAACUGCUCUCAUCAGCGGACGAAGCUGCCAAGUUCCUCGGCGUGAACAAAUGA